GGGUUUUUCUAUCCGGAUUCUUAGCGCGGACUCGGAGCGCUGCUUUUCUCUACGUGCUUUGCACAUGCGCGACUGCUUUCCCCUUCUUCCUCCGCUUCCACUGGCGUCCACGGUUCGCGGAGCCGCCGCUAGCGCGGCGGCGAAGUCAGGAAGUUCAAGAUGGCCGCCGCGGAGCCCCCGUCGCUGCGGGAGCAGCCGGAAAUGGAUGAUGGUGAUAAUUCUGAAAAGAGUGUAAAUGAAGAAAAUGGAGAAGUAUCAGAAGACCAGUCUCAAAAUAAACACAGUCGUCACAAAAAAAAGAAGCAUAAACACAGAAGUAAACAUAAGAAACAUAAACAUUCCUCAGAAGAAGAUAGGGAUAAAAAACAUAAACAUAAGCAUAAGCAUAAGAAACGCAAAAAAGGAGCUGUAGAUGCCUCUGACAAAGAAGGCCUCUCCCCUGCAAAAAGAACUAAACUUGAUGACCUAGCUUUGCUGGAAGACUUGGAAAAACAGAGAGCCUUGAUUAAAGCUGAACUUGACAAUGAGUUAAUGGAGGGAAAGGUCCAGUCUGGAAUGGGGCUCAUUUUGCAAGGCUAUGAGUCUGGCUCCGAAGAAGAAGGAGAGAUUCAUGAAAAGGCAAGAAAUGGAAAUAGGUCCAGUACCAGGUCUUCCAGUACACGGGGGAAACUUGAAAUUACGGACAACAAAAAUAGUGCAAAAAAACGAAGUAAAAGCAGAUCCAAAGAAAGGACUAGACACAGGUCGGACAAAAGGAAAAGCAAGGGAGCUAUUGACAUGGUGAGAGAGAAAGCAAAUAGGAGCAAGUCCAAGGAGAGGAGAAAAUCCUUAAGUCCGUCCAAAAGAAGCAAAUCUCAAGACCAAGCAAGAAAAUCAAAGUCCCCUACCCUUAGACGGCGGUCCCAAGAAAAGAUUGGGAAGGCCAGAUCUCCUACUGAUGAGAAGAUUAAGAUUGAAGAUAAAGGUAAAAUAAAAGAUAGGAAGAAAUCACCAAUUGUAAAUGAAAGAAGUCGAGAUCGAUCUAAAAAAUCCAGGUCCCCAGUUGACCUAAGAGAUAAAUCCAAAGACAGAAGGUCAAGGUCCAAAGAGCGAAAGUCAAAACGGUCUGAAAUUGACAAAGAAAAGAAGCCAAUUAAAUCUCCUUCAAAAGAUGCCUCUUCAGGGAAGGAAAAUAGGUCACCCAGUAGAAGACCUGGCCGGAGUCCCAAAAGAAGAAGUUUAUCUCCAAAACAGCGAGACAAGUCAAGAAGAAGUAGGUCCCCACUUCUCAAUGACAGGCGGUCUAAGCAGAGUAAAUCGCCUUCUCGAACUCUGUCUCCAGGUAGAAGGGCCAAGAGCCGAUCCUUAGAAAGAAAGCGAAGAGAGCCAGAGAGGAGACGACUUUCUUCUCCAAGAACACGACCUCGAGAUGAUAUUCUCAGUAGAUGCGAACGAUCAAAAGAUGCUAGCCCCAUUAAUAGGUGGUCUCCAACCCGAAGAAGAAGUAGGUCUCCCAUUAGGAGGAGAUCCCGUUCCCCGUUGAGACGCAGCAGGUCUCCAAGACGAAGAAGCAGGUCCCCUCGGAGAAGAGAUAGGGGUCGGAGGAGCAGGUCUCGCUUGAGAAGAAGAUCUCGGUCACGUGGUGGUCAUAGGAGAAGGAGCAGAAGCAAAGUAAAGGAAGAUAAAUUUAAAGGAAGUCUUUCUGAAGGAAUGAAAGUUGAGCAAGAAUCUUCAUCUGAUGAUAACCUUGAAGAUUUUGAUGUAGAGGAAGAAGAUGAAGAGGCUCUAAUAGAACAGAGGAGGAUACAGAGGCAGGCGAUUGUACAGAAAUAUAAAUACCUUGCUGAAGAUAGCAAUAUAUCUGUGCCAUCUGAGCCAAGUAGCCCCCAGAGCAGCACGAGGUCACGAUCGCCUUCUCCAGAUGACAUCUUGGAGCGGGUAGCUGCUGAUGUAAAAGAAUAUGAGCGAGAGAAUGUUGACACCUUUGAGGCCUCAGUAAAAGCCAAGCAUAAUCUAAUGACAGUUGAACAGAAUAAUGGUUCAUCUCAGAAGAAGCUUUUGGCACCUGAUAUGUUUACAGAAUCUGAUGAUAUGUUUGCUGCUUAUUUUGAUAGUGCUCGUCUCCGUGCUGCUGGCAUCGGGAAAGAUUUCAAAGAGAAUCCCAACCUUAGAGAUAAUUGGACAGAUGCAGAAGGCUAUUACCGUGUGAACAUUGGGGAAGUCCUAGAUAAGCGUUAUAAUGUGUAUGGCUACACUGGGCAGGGUGUGUUUAGCAAUGUUGUACGUGCCAGGGAUAAUGCAAGAGCCAAUCAGGAAGUGGCAGUAAAGAUCAUCAGAAACAAUGAACUCAUGCAAAAGACUGGUUUAAAAGAACUAGAAUUCUUGAAAAAACUUAAUGAUGCUGAUCCUGAUGACAAAUUUCAUUGCCUGCGCCUCUUCAGACACUUUUACCAUAAGCAGCACCUCUGUCUUGUAUUCGAGCCUCUCAGUAUGAACUUGCGAGAGGUAUUAAAAAAGUACGGUAAGGAUGUCGGGCUCCAUAUUAAAGCUGUGAGAUCCUACAGUCAGCAAUUGUUCCUGGCGUUGAAACUCCUUAAAAGAUGCAACAUCCUGCAUGCAGAUAUCAAGCCAGACAAUAUUCUGGUCAAUGAAUCAAAAACAAUUUUAAAGCUUUGCGAUUUUGGAUCGGCUUCGCAUGUUGCAGAUAAUGACAUAACGCCUUAUCUUGUCAGUAGAUUUUAUCGUGCUCCGGAGAUCAUUAUAGGUAAAAGCUAUGACUAUGGCAUCGAUAUGUGGUCUGUAGGUUGCACCUUAUAUGAACUCUAUACUGGAAAAAUCUUAUUUCCUGGCAAAACUAAUAACCAUAUGUUGAAGCUCGCCAUGGACCUCAAAGGAAAGAUGCCAAAUAAGAUGAUUCGGAAAGGUGUAUUCAAAGACCAACAUUUUGACCAAAAUCUGAACUUCAUGUACAUAGAGGUUGAUAAAGUAACAGAGAGGGAGAAAGUUACUGUCAUGAGCACCAUUAACCCAACUAAGGACCUAUUGGCUGACUUGAUUGGGUGCCAGCGACUUCCUGAAGAUCAACGUAAAAAAGUACACCAGCUAAAGGACUUGUUGGACCAGAUCCUAAUGUUGGACCCGGCUAAGCGAAUUAGCAUCAACCAGGCCCUGCAACAUGCAUUCAUCCAGGAAAAAAUUUAAACGAGAUGAAGAAACUCCAAGGGUUUGAGUAAUUAAAUACAAAGACUGAAGAAAUUUCACAGCAGUUUAUUAUUAAUGUAUAUAAACUUAUAAAUAUUUCUGCAGCAAAUUUGAGGAAGCAUGAUAUAUUUGAAUUAACACCAAGGGUGAUAUUUCUUUUAGAAAUGUUAGUUAAACUGUUUUGUGUCUUAUGUGAAAUUUCACUGUAGAAAUGUUUUAAUUGCCAAGACUGCACAAAAUUAAAGUGCUAAUGUAUAUGGUUGCAGUUCAUAUAAAAGACAAAAGCAUCUGUUAUGAGUAGCAGUGCUGGGUGGUUGAUUUGUUUUUAGCAGACUUGGCUUCAUUUUGGUCUUCAGAUACAAUGGCCAGCAUAAAUGCUGUUUAUAUUCACGUUUUCCUAGGUGUGUGAGUGCAGGCCACAGCAGCAUGCCCUUGGUGUAGUCAGUGCCGAAGGGAGUCUGUUCCUUCUUGAGCCUGCCUGCAGGGAUGUCUCCUCUUUUAAAGCAGGUUGUGUACAACAUUCAGUACACUGAAGGUAAGCUAAACCAUCAACAUCACCAGUGUUUUAAGAUGUUAUUUUAUUGGAAUAAUUGAAAAUGAGGGAUAGCUUUGUGGCAGAAUUUCCUGCAUGUGUGAUAAUUGAUCUUGUUUUAUUUUUCUGGCAUCACGACUGUGGCAUAGUUACAGUUUCUGUUCUGUUCAUCACAUUUAAAAUUUGAAGUGUAUGCGCUUGAUGGAUAGAGCGCCUUCAGUGUACUGUUUCUUAUUUACUUUUUUUUAAUCAACUUGCUAUAGACUUUAUAUACAUUUUGUUAAAUACAGUUCUUAGUGACAUAGAAGCUGCAUAGUUUUCAUUUCCUAAUUAAAAUGUUGAGGUCUACUUCUGAAAGUCCUCAUAUUUAAAAGAUAGACAGCAUAAUGAGAUUUUUAACUAUUUGUAUGUCAUUUUGAAAGUGUACUGCUUUAUGGUAAAAGUGUUUUUCAUUUGUUCAUUGUUUGCAUUAUUUGUGAUCAUGUUGUCUUUCAAUACAGGCAUAAACCUCCCACUCUUGAACAAAGCAGCUGCUUUUUAAAAGCGGUAAUUGCUUCUUUACCUUUUAUUUCUUUUGUAAAUGAAGCUUUUCUUUAAAAAUGUGACUUUAAAGUGUUGUCUAUUGCAUAAACAGUUGACACUCACUUACUGUAAAGUGAACAUUGUUCUCCUGCAUGGGAAGUGGACCAUGCAGAAUUGUGUAUGUUCUCAGUAUGCAUCACUAGAUAAUAAAGUCUUUUGUGAACAAGG